UACACACCUCCAUUCCAUGACAUCAAAGUUUUUGUUGUUAUCUCAGGAAUGCGUGUGAAGAUGAUUGUGAUUAUUUUCUCUGGACGCAAAUAAUCCUGGCUAUACUUGAGAUAAAUUGCUCUUAAAAAGACACCCAAACAUGGCUCAGGAUGACAAUUUAUGUUGGUACCAUGGAAGGAUUUCUAGAGAAGCUGCCGAGCAGUUAUUGUUGAGUCAUGAAAACAGAGAAAAUGGGUUGUUUCUGGUGAGGGAGAGCAAUACAGCCGCUGGUGAUUAUGUUUUGUCAGUUCUCUUCGAAGGUGAAGUCAUACACUAUCAAAUUCGAAGACAUGGAGAAGAUGCUUUUUUCUCAAUUGAUGAAAUCACAAUCACCCACGGUCUUGAGACGUUGAUUGAAUUGUAUCAAAGAAGUGGAGAAAUGUUAGUGACCACAUUGACGACUCCGCUUAAGAAAGAUCCUCCCCCACACGAUUCCCGCAGACACGGUCGCACCAAUUUGCUACACAGGGCAACCAAAGAAGGAAAUUACACUGUGGCAUCAGAGCUUCUCAAAUGUGGCUACAGAAGUUUGGAAGCGAAAAAUGAAGAGGGACAAACAGCAGUUCAUCUGGCAAGUCGACUGGGGAAAAACGAUAUCUUGGAAAAACUCAUCAACAGUGGAAUUGCCUCAAACUGCUUAGAGAAACUAGUUAAUUGUAGGGACUCAGACGGCUACACACCUUUACAUUAUGCGUGCCAAACAAAUUUACCUAACACCGUUCGCCUGUUAGUUGAAAGCGGAAAAGCUAACGUGCAGAUCAGAAACCCCAAUACAGGCUGUGUUCCUCUCCACGAGGCAGCAAGCCGUGGUCAUCGUGACGUAGUGCAGGUGUUGUUGAACCUCCACGCUCCUCUGCGACCUCGUGACGGAGAAAACCAAACUCCCUUCGACCUCGCGACCUUUGGCGGACACAAUUCUACUGCUCAACUCCUCGCCAACCACAAAGUACCCGAGCCCACAACCUGCAAGCUCGAAUGGUACCACAGAACAUUGGGGCGUAAUGAAGCGGUUUCCAUUUUGAAAACCAACGGGAGCCAAGACGGUGCUUACUUAGUGAGAUACAGCGACCACAUGUGUUCUACUGUAUUGACUGUCUGCUACGAACAGCAGAUAUACAACUAUCCUAUACAGAAAAAGGAUAGGUUUUAUUUCAUUGACGAUGGCCCCCUACUAGAUUCGUUGGAAGCAGUAGUGGAACACUACUCUAGAUGGGGGCCUGAUGGUUUGCCUACAAACUUGCGGUGGCCGAUACCACCCACCCCAGCCCCACCCGUGCCAAAGAACCCUCGACCUUCACUCUUCAAUGGGAUGUCACCAACUUCAACACUACCUUUGAAGCAACAUAGGUCAAGAAGUUUACAACAUGUCACCAGCAAUACAAGUACACUGCCUUUGCCUGCUCGGAAUAAAAGUAAACCAAGUCCGCUGAGUUUACCUCCAAACCAGUCAGAUGGUGUCAUCAAGCCACCAGCAGUGCCACCGUUACCUGCAAAAUACAUUCCCCCUCCUGAAGAAUUCAUUCCAAGUGAAAACCUUAUUUUGGAGCAACCUAUCGGAGAAGGAGAGUUUGGUUCAGUGUAUAAAGGAGUUUAUCAAACGAAGGAAGGAUUUGAGGAGCCUGUGGCCAUCAAGACUUUACGGCAGGAACACGUUGAGUCCAACCGAGAAGAGUUUGUGAGAGAGGCUAAAAUUAUGAUGGCAUUGAGGCACCAUUGCAUUGUCCGGAUGAUUGGUCUCUCAGAGGGCCCAUCGUUGCUGAUGGUGCAAGAGCUAGUUCCCCUGGGGUCAAUGCUUGAAUUUUUACAAAAGAAUCUUCAAAAUGUUGGAGAGUAUGAAUUGAAAGUUUGGGCAUCUCAGAUAGCUUGUGGUAUGCAAUAUCUGGAGGAAGAGAAGAUAGUACACAGAGACUUGGCAGCUCGAAAUAUACUUCUGGCCUCAAGACACCAGGCCAAGAUCAGUGACUUUGGCCUCUCCAGGCUCAAGUGUGGGGAGAGAGAGUACUACAGGGCUACUCAGGGUGGUCGAUGGCCUAUCAAGUGGUACGCUCCAGAGUCUUACAACUACGGAAAGUUUACGUCAGCAAGUGAUGUUUGGAGUUACGGUGUUACUCUUUGGGAAAUGUUUUCUUAUGGUAAACAACCAUAUGGUGAUAUGAAAGGUGUUGACGUGAUACAGCUUGUAGAGAAGGGGGAGCGGUUAGACCAACCGCAGGACUGUCCUAACCACAUAUACAAUGUUAUGGAGAGAUGUUGGUCAUAUCAACCUCGAGACAGACCUACCUUCAGUGAGCUGGUUGACAUAUUCUCUUCUGAAAACAACUACACCAACGUCAAGGAACUGAUCCCUCAAUCAGAUAUCAGCUAAGAACUGUGUAUCUCAAUCAAGUCUUAAUUGAACCAGAAGGGUUUAUUUAGGUGAUAACAGGUCUGAGUAUCAGAUGCCAUAUUUUUAAUGUGAUUGCUGUGAGAUCUCUUGGAAAAAGUUUACUGGUGUAUUAUUUAGAAUUGUUCUUUCGGAAUCAAAACAAAUUUAAGUCCGAACAAAUGGUUUGCUAUGGGCAUUGAAUGUCUAAAUUAGUAGGUUGUGGUAUUGAUUUAAAUCCCCGGGGAUCGAGCUGAUCUUGUGGUAGAACGCUGAACUUAUGGGUUAAAUCCUUCUAAUUACCAAUGGAUUUUAUCUAAGUGGUAAUGCCGCAACCUCUAGGCCUAGCCUGAAGUAACGUGAAAAACAAUCCCGGGCUAGAACGCAGAUAAAAAAAGAGUUGAAUCUUCAACCCUUGUAGCAAAGGUGAACUCAGUGUUAUCCCCCUUCAAUAAUUGAUAUUUAGAGUAAAACCCAGUAAAAGUAAAUAGUAACUUAAAAAGCCUACCAUAUUAGAAGAAAAUCAUUUAUUGAUUUUGAUAUAAAAAUUUAACUAAGUUUAGCGAGUAAAUUGUUUUUGUAAAGCCUGUGUUAAUGUUUAGCAUUUUAAGUACAUUCCAAAUUUAAUUACUGUGACAUAUCUUUAUGUUGGAAUUACCUCUGAAAAUUGCAUAGAGUUACAUUAUAUGGUUGGUAUUUGAUAUGGAAUACUUAAGCGUUUGAUGUUAACCCAUUGACGACGUAAGCGUGUAGCCCGUCACAGCAUUUUACCGCGAUAUAGUUGUACUGCUAAUCCACUGGUCCUCAAGUACAUAGUACGUCUAACCUAAGUUGACAUCUAACCUACGAGUGGAGUGUCGUUGUGUGCUUAUAGUGGCAAUCGACCUGUUCGGCGAAAGGUGGUAUGGUAGCUCAGUUGGCUAAGGUGUUGCACUGAUGAGUGUAGCGUUGAGGCCUCUCUCCAACUGCGGGUUCGAAUCCCGAACAUGUGAAAAUUCAUGUUGAGCUUGCUAAUGUGUGGCUUAGCUUGAGUGGAGGGCCCACCUUAAACAAACGGUGUCCUGCACGGUGGAUGUUGACGGAAUUAGCGAGUUUAAUAAGGAUUGCACUGACUCUACGCCUAUUUUUUUGUAUAGGACGAUUUUUAUUUUUUGGCUUGUAUUUUAGUUAGUGAUGGGGCAUUCGAAUACAGAAUCGAAUACUUAUUCGAAUACAACCAAGGUAUUCAAAGAUUCGAAUAC